GAACGCUGGUUUGAGAUCUAGAAACUCCAAAUUUUAGAUCUAGAAACUAUUGGUUCGUGAUCUAGAAACCCUUGGUUUAAGAUCUAGAGACUCCGAGUUUGAGAUCUAGAAACUUUAAGUUUGAGAUCUAGAUUCUAGACACUCUGAGUUUGAGAUCUGGACACUCUGUGGUUGAGUCUAGGAUAUAUCUAAAUUAGAUAUAUUAAAAGAUGACUACGAAACUGUUGGUUCUGUUCUGUUCAGUUAGCCUUCUUAACACCUGUGCAUCUACAUUCAAUCAUAUACAUCAUCUUCUACAUGGUAAACAUGGAACCCAUGUAACACCACCUAGCUAUGGAUCACAUGCAACUCAUUGGAAUCAGGGAACUCAUGGAACCUGGGGAAACUCAAUCCAUCAAGGGAGUAAAUAUCCUUCUUAUUAUCCAAAGCCUACUGGAGUUCACCAUGGAACGCAAUUCUCUCAUGGAACUUAUCCAUCCCAUGGAACAUAUCCGUCCCAUGGAACGCACCCAUCCCAUGGAACAUACCCAUCUCAUGGAUCAUAUCCUUCCCAUGGCACAUAUCCUUCUCAUGGAACAAAACCUUCCCAUGGAUCAUACCCGUCACAUGGAACAUAUCCAUCACAUUCAGUUUAUCCUCCAACCAAUGGAGUUUUCUAUCCUUCCCACGGUGUAAAACCCUCUCCUGUAUCAACCCCCUACCCAGAGCAAGUAAACCAGGUUUAUCCUCCAAAUCAUGGAUCAGAAUUCUUCAUCCAAACAACACAUCCUGGAUCCUCAACCAGCUUUCAGCAUGUUCAUAUUGAGCACCAGGGAGGUCAUGUACCCACUUUAGUACAUCCAGUACACCCAGUACUUCCUGUACAUCCCGUACAUCCGGUACACCCUGUACAUCCUACACAUCCUGUAGAUCCAGUACUUCCUACUCCUACUCCUGCCCCUUAUCCUACUCCGGCUCCUGUUCCUUAUCCCACUCCUGCUCCUGCUCCUGCCCCUAACCCUACUCCUGAUCCUACUCCUGCUCCGACUCCUGCUUCUACUCCUGUUCCUACCACAACUCUUUCUCCUACCACCACUCCUGAACCUACAACUGAUCCUACUCCUGAUCAAACUCCUGCUCCUACCACUACUCCUGCUCCUACCACUACUCCUGAUCCUGCGCCUACUCCUACUACUACUCCUGACCUAUUGGUUCCUGAUAUUGAUCUGACCGAUAAACCGAUCGAAGACAUUGAUCUUCCUGCUGGUCCCCAGACCAUCCUUCGGCCAGAUCGGUUAGUCAUGUUGACCCCCAGCUACCAGAAAUCCAGAAUCCAGCCUUCAUUUCUUUACAACCAGUUUAAAUAUAUUUAGAAAUGUAAAACCGUCCAAAGCAAUUUAAGCAGCUGCUUUUUUAUGGCGCCUGUCAUACGAUGCUGUUAUAAAAUACGACAUUUAUUUUUAAAUAAUGUAGUGCUGAUUGCAAUUAAAUUGAACCGAACUGUAAACGUAUGUUACCAUUUAUUGUCUUCCAAAAUAAAUUUCAUUGUUUGGAAA